GUUUAGCUCUUCCGGUUAGCUCGGGGAAGAUAGCGGACGAGCGGUCGAAGAAAAUACUGAUGUUUUUGUCUGAAUUCCUGGAAUAAUCGUUCAGGAACGAGCUGCUGUGAGGUUUCAAAGGUCCAACUUCUGGAGACGAAAAUGAUCCGCUUCAUCCUCAUUCAGAACCGAGCAGGGAAGACGCGACUGGCCAAAUGGUACAUGCAGUUCGACGAUGACGAGAAGCAGAAGUUGAUUGAGGAAGUUCACGCUGUGGUUACUGUCCGGGAUGCCAAACACACCAACUUUGUGGAGUUCAGGAACUUCAAGAUCAUUUACCGGCGUUAUGCUGGCCUGUACUUCUGUAUUUGUGUGGACGUGACGGAUAACAACCUGGCAUACCUCGAGGGAAUCCACAAUUUUGUUGAGGUGCUGAAUGAGUAUUUUCACAACGUGUGUGAACUGGACCUGGUGUUCAACUUCUAUAAGGUGUACACGGUGGUGGAUGAGAUGUUCCUCGCUGGAGAGAUCAGGGAGACCAGUCAGACCAAGGUCCUCAAGCAGCUCCUCAUGCUCCAGUCGCUCGAGUAGAAACAAGACAACCGUCCUCCCUACCUGCUCGGCGUUCUGCUGCCCUGGGACCUGCACCAACCUCCUGUUUCUCUGGAAAGGAUCCCCAUCAUUGUCUUUCAGGAGGAUUUUUUUUUUUUAAAUAGAAAUACACAAUAUUGUUUACAUAUGAUAUAUAAUGUAGAAGUUCAGUAAAUCUCUUUGUUAUGGCAGUCUAUGGCUACAUCCAUACUACUACGUUUUCUUUUGAAAAGCAUCAACUCUGCGAGUUCACACUAACAAUAAUUCACACUAGAGACUUUAAAACUGAGAAGUUAAGAAACGUUGCUGACUUUGUUUCAGCUCGAAAACUGCAUGGCGCGGGUUUGUCCUGACGGGCAUAAACACAGAUGUAUGGAAAAGGUGGUGAAGAAAGUCUGGCAGUUGCUGAUUGGGUCUCACAACGUAUCCUUCGCUUAUUCAUCAGACUCCUAUCGUGUUUUUCCUGCAAAUACUAGAACGCACAGGUCAGUGUACCUCAGUGGUCAAGAGAUUUCACGCAUGCUAGUAUAAGAUUAAACCUGAUAUGGAUCCGCUUGUGGGGGACAGGUGUGUAGGUCGUUUAUGUUUCAAAGUGGCAUUUGCCAACAGAAUCGUAGUAGUAUGGAUGCAGCCUCUGUUAAAAUACUUUUGUGUUGUAUUCUUGAUGAAGUCACUCGAUACAAAGGCUGUACAUUUCAACAUGUUGACAUUUCGUAUACCAUUUCAGUUACAGUCAGCUUUAUAUUGGGUUGCCUUGUCCUAACGCCAGAGGCAGCAGAAAUUAGUAAUUUCAUGUUGUUAGUAAUUGCAUUCAUCUCUAUUGAGUGUGGAAACACUGACAUAAAUCCAUCAGUGUGACACUGCUACCCCCUCUUCCCCCUCCUCCUCCUUCUGUCCUCCCUUUAUUAACCUCAACUUUCAUUUAAUGGCACUAUUAGAACUAACAAGCACCUGUAUGUGUAUAAAGAAGGUGUGUAAUGAUCGGAUGUUUGCAUUGAGAACUUAAAAUCACCGGGCAGCCGUCUCUAUGAAACCACGCAAGCAAAGACCUGGCAAGUGUUGCAAGUGUUGGACUCACCAAGGCUGCUCUGCGUUUUAAAUCUGGAUCACAGUAGAAAGCAAACUCCAACUAGAAAAGGCCCUUUAAAGCAAUCGACCCAGUGCGGCAAGUCCCUAAUUGACUGGAGUGUACUUAGGACGAGUACCAUUGUGACUGUGUUAUGACAACCUGGUGUUCUCACGGAUGAUGAGAAACGCAGUUAGUUAUGUUAACUCAAGAUGGCGUCUGUAAUCAUCUUAUGUGGUGCUCGUUGGUCACACUUAAAACGCAAAUGCACCCAGACGGAAUAAGACCCGGGCAAAGAGGAUAUUUUACACAAAGCAGAUUCUGUGACGCUUGCUUCGAUUGGUUUGUGCGUUCGCGUGUGUUGAAUAUUGUGAAAUGAACAGUCAUUCCAGUGAAACUCUUGAGUCUGAGCAGUAUUUACAUGUUUAAGAUCCAUACAACAAACUGGUUUUUAAAUUUCCUCAGAAGCUUCAUGAACUUGAAAUUGACACAAAAAAAAGGCCAAAACUUUGCUGGACUUCGAUGUUGAUGAAAUUCCUUUUCAUACUCUGAUUUAACAAGAUCCACUCAGAGAGGCAGUUUCAAGCGUCAUUGUUGUUUAACAAUUUGUUUAUUGUAUGGUUAAAUCUGGCAUUAUUACUGAAACAUGUUCUGCUUCCCUUCUCAUCCACAUGUGAGUUUAUUGGUGGAAAAUGUGUGCGUGUGUGUGUGUAUGUAUUGUCUCCAAUUCAACUACCCACAUCAAUAUGUCCCAUUAUAUGUAAAUAAACAGAUGAAGUGAUACAUGA